AUAUAAAGGGCAAUGAACAAACUGAAAAAUAUUUUUGGAGAGAAGCUUGUGAUAUUGGCAGCACUAGAAUGGACAGAAAACAUGGAAAAUACGUAUUGAAUGUUGAGCGCUCUGAAAACCAGCGGGUAAAAGAACAUUGCCGCAAUGACUGGUCUAUGUGGAAAGUCUUCCUGGCUUGUCUCUUAGCCUGUGUGAUAAUGACAGCAAUUGGAGUACUUAUAGUAUGCUUCCUGAAUAACAAAGGAUCUGCCAAUUCCUCCAUUGUUAUCCAGCUAUCCACAAACAAUAGAGAGUGUGUGACUGUCAAACCUGGAACACCCUCUCCUGCUUAUCCACCUACAAUGACCACCACUUCGACUGUACCUGCAAGAACAGCCACUGAAACUACAACUUCAACAGCUAAAACUGCCACCACUUCCACAGAACCUACAUCUGCUGCAGCUGCCAAUUAUAAUUUGAACAGCCACAGUCAUCACUUCAACUGAAACUUCAACCUCUACUGCUUCAACUCAGUUUGCAACUAUAACAGCUACUCCUAUCACUUCAAGUGGAACCAUGGCUGCAGUCACUUUAAUAGACUAUAACUGUUACAACUUCAAUAAUAUCAAGUCCUACUUCAACUUAAACUUACUUGACAACUCAAAUAAUCACCACUUCUACAAUCUCUGACUGAAUCAACAACUACAUUCCCUACAACUGAAUCUGCAACUACUUCCACUUAACCUAUAACUACCAUAACUUCUACUUAGCCUACAGUAACAACGCUCAUCACUCUCUUCCAACAAUGUAUAAUCACCUAUUCAUCUGAGGACUAAGCUCUGAUUUUUUAUCUUGCCCAAAUUCCUUUCUAGGGGGUCUGGGGAGUCUUGCCCUACAAACCAUACAGUCUCAUCAGAUGGGUUUUAUUUAACCCCAUAUAUUGUGACUUACUUUCUAAUCUGACUCUGGCAUAACAAGGGAAAAAAAAAAUCAAAAUGUUUUACCCCAAAGUAUAUUUCCUUGCUAUAUCUUGAAAUUGUCCUGCAAAGUCUCUUGUGGAGGAACUCCACAUUCUAUAGAGAACAUCCUUCUCCCUUUGUUUUCUUUCCUUUCUUUCCAGAUCCAAGAGAUAAUCAACUAAGAGCCAGACACCCUUUGGGGUCUGAUAAGAAACAUUUUACAACCUGCUCUCUCUCUGAAGUCCGCUUUCUGAGAGAUUCCUCUGAACAAUAAAACUUGGUCUCCACAAUCCUUUAUCUUAACCUAAACAUUCCUUUCCAUCGAUCUCAGGUCUUCAGAUAAACUAGACCAAUUGUCAACCAGAACAUAUUUAAAUUUACCUCUAGCCUAGAAGCCCCCACUUUGAGUUGUCCUGCCUUUCUGAAACAAGCCAAUGUAUUUCUUAAAUGUAUUUGGUUGAUGUCUCAUGCCUCCCUAAAAAUAUAUAAAACCAAACUGUACCCCGACCACCUUGGAUACAUGUUCUCAGAACCUCCUGAGGGCUGUGUCCUGAAACCAUGGUCACUCAUAUUUGGCUCAGAAUAAAUCUCUUAAAAUAUUUUACAGCAUUUGACUUUUUUUGUCAAUACAUCCAAACCUGCAACCACAAAUGCCACCACUACCACUUAAAAUUUGAUAGAACUAGCAUCAGUCAUCAAAAUGACCUGUUCUAUAUUAAGUUAACUUUUAGUUAUCACCAGUAAUAUUAGCCUACAACUACUCCCCACAAUGGCUCUUCUCUAAAAUUGAAACUGUAUAGUAUCUGAGUCUAGUUCUAGCCAACGUAACAUUAUUGCCUACAUUAAAAGCUUCUGCAAAG